AUGGAGGUGGCUUGGCGCUUCCGGAUCAUCUUCGUGAUGGCGUUUGUGGUGAUCAUAUUCGGUGAUCUGCUUGGGUAUGGUGGUGCCCGUAAGGAGCCCAAGGACAAAUCGCUCCUGUCGGGCUUUACCGAGGUCGAAGCGAACACGGCCGAGAUGCUGCCCACGGGCAAGGAACCAGGCGGGCCAGGUGCACAAACUCGCACGGGCCACAACAACGCCAACGAGAUCGGCAGCAAUGUGGAAGGCGACUUCGAACAGGAUCAAGACGCAGCCGGUCUGUCACCAGCGGAGUUGGCCGCACGCAAAGAAAAGCUGAAAAACUCGCUCCGGGAAGCCUGCCUUCCGAAGCUGCUGUGCGAGAUGGCCGCCAAACCGAACUACUCGCUGAACGUUCGAGAACGGGAUCUGCUCUCACUGAUAAGGUCCACUACCUUAUCGCUGACGAUGGCGGUAAGCCCUACGAAAUGGCACUUUGCAGCCCAUAUGGGCCAGCUGCUGCGUGAUGCCGGUGAUGCGCUCGUGACACCGAUCGGAUGCUCGCACCUUUGGCCCAGCUGCCCGUACAGUUCGAAAAAGCUGCUCAAACUGACCAACGUGGUGCACCUGAAGUAGUGUUACGUGUCGUGUGAGCGUUACUGCGUUACGUGAUCCGUUACGUUAGGGCGCACGAGUGUCGUUCGGCUGCUGUUGGCCUUUUGAAGUGUGUAGGCUCUAGCUAGUGGAGUCUGCUUGCUUUGGAGGAGCCACAAAAGGAAGGAAAACCUCCAUCACCAAGAAAAAUAACCCCUUCGCUGUGUGCACAAACACAAACACACCCGGCAGACUGCGGAACUGAUCGAUCGGUUGGCCCUCGAGGCGUUCGGGAGUGAAUCGUUCGGCCAAAGCACGGAAGUGAACCUUGGAACCACGGAGCCGCAUUGUGGCCGGAAAUUGUUCGUAAAACCCGCGUGCAUCGGGCUGUUUGCAGACGGCAGAUGGUGCGAAAAAUAACCACCCGCUGACCUUACACGGUUCAUUAGGCUUAGGAGGGGUUUCGGAUGCGAAUACCGUAUCGCGUCAGUUCCGCUGACGAAACUUCAAGCAUCACAUCACAUAUGCCGCACCGGGUGAUCAUACGCAUCCUUUCGGUGCCUGUGGGUGAGCAGUAUGGCGUUCCACCCACGUGACAAUGGUGCGGUUCGAUGCGUUUAAACCCACUUAACGGUUCGAACGU